AUGGUACCUGGAGCAUUGCACUCAAGAGGUGAGAGUAAGGUUAAAGUUGAGGUAGAAGCGUCGCAGCGAGCGUCGUCGAGGGCGCUGGGCGGGCGGUGCAGGCCGCAGGGCCACCCGAGGGCGCGCGAGGGUGCGGGGUGCGCUGCAGAUUCACUUUCGUCCAGCCGCGGGCUCCUACACGCCAGUGAGAGAAAGUUGGUCGCGGCGAGCGAACGACUCGCGAGCGGCGCCACGCCGCACCGGUUCCACUACGAUCUUAUAAACAUUGAACAUACUUGUUUUUAUUGGUGCACGUGCUAUCCCAAUUUGUCGCCGAAGCGCGAGCCCAUGGAUCCUUACGAGAUGGAGAUGAGCGGGAGACGGCUGGAGCUGCCGGCACCCCCUGGCAAGGAGUUCCGUGCGCCGUGCUUGCUGCCCCCGCCGCAGCCACCCCAGUCUGUUAUCCAGUGCAUGCGGCCUCCGCCACCACCACCUCCGCCGCCGCGGAUUCACAAGCCCUCGCUCUUCGAAGAGCCAUCCAGCUCCAUUCCUGAUCUAGAACCCAAGCAAAACUUUGGGUCCUUGGGAAAAGGCUUCGUGCAAAAAGACCGAAAAAAAAAGAAUUCGCAAGAGUAA